AUGUUCGCCCUGAGAAGAUCUCUGCUUUCCGCAGGCCGAAUCGCUCGACCCCAGCAGGUUGCUCGAUUCUCCUCUGCCUCUGCUCUCCUGCAGCACAAGGCCGUCAAGCCCGCCGAGAAGCUCUCCGAGGUCACCGGCCCCGAGUCCCUGAUCGGAACCUCCGCCGCCCCCGGCACCGUGCCCACUGACCUCGAGCAGGAGACCGGUCUGGCUCGACUCGAGCUGCUCGGUAAGAUGGACGGUAUCGACAUUUUCGACCUCGGCCCCGUCAUCCGACCCCAGCACUCCGUCAAGGGCACCCCCGACGACCCCAUCUGGGUCCCCACAUACGACAACUCCCGAAUCGUCGGCUGCUCCGGUACCCCCCACGGCUCCCACGAGGUCCAGUGGUUCCACGCCGGUGUCGAUAAGGUCGGCCGAUGCGACGAGUGCGGCGCCGUCUACCGAGCUUAUGAGCUUGGCGCCGAUGAGGAGGCUCCCCACCACUAA